AUGUCCAGCCCAGCCAAAAACGAUGGACCACAAGUCAUCGUCCUCACUGAUGAGGAGCGUGAUAGUGGUGUCAUGGGAGAUAAAAGUCUCUAUGAUGCUAUUGAAGCCUUUUUCACAGACGGAUGUGUUGUUGUCGAAAAUGCUAUCGACCUGACCCUCGUCGAUAAACUCAACGAGAGAAUGUUGCAAGACACCAAGAAACUGCUAUCUGGCGAGGGCGAGCCAUUUUUCAUCCAUUUGAACGCCAAUUUCGAAACAAAGGGCGCAGCAGCAGGCGGAAACAUAUCUCAAGUGCCUCCACUGGAGAAAGAAUGGCUCUUCCCCGAAGUUUUCGCCAACAAGCACGGCGCAAGAAUUGUCUCCAACAUCCUUGGACCCCGGCCUGAAGUUCACUUCAUUCGAUCGAACACUCUGAUACAUUCGGACGAUCGCCAGAAGGUUCACGCCGACAUUCGGUUCGAGCACCCAGAACAUCCAUUUGCCAUUGCAUUGAACACCUGUCUAGUCGAUGUAGGCCCUGAAAACGGCACAACGGAGCUGUGGCUCGGGACGCAAAAUACAAACAAUGACUACCACAUUGAGUUGGGCGAGCCAUUUAUUACACAGGAGAAGUUGGACGAAAGGCGCAAAGUUGGACCGCCGUGCUAUCCAAGGAUAAAGAAGGGCUCUUUCGUGUUGAGAGAUUUGCGGCUGUGGCAUGCCGGUAUGCCAAACCCUACUCAUGAUAUCCGAACCCUGCUGUCAAUCGUGUAUUAUGCUUCCUGGUACAAAAAUGGUGCAACCAUUUCGAUGCCUGAAUCCCUUCGACCGACUAUUGAGAUGCUGGAAGAGUAUGCCCAGUCCAAGAUAGCUGCUGAGUGGGUUCCGGAUGAGGGAUAUGACUAUCUCAACAUCAAGUUUAGCAACAACUUUAGCUCAACACUUACGCCGUGGGUGUGGGAAAGGGUCCAGCAUAUAAAGGGUGUGAAGAAUUAA